GGCUCUACAAGUCGCAGAGCAGAGGUUAAGAGCACACAGACAUCCUGCCAUUUCAUAGCCUUGUUACUUUAGGUAAUUUACUCAAAUUUGUGGAGUUACUACAUAAAUCCUAAGACUGCAGUAAGGUGGCAAUGUCUCGGGAACCCACUCCACCUCUGCCGGGAGAUAUGUCUACUGGCCCUAUAGCAGAAAGCUGGUGUUAUACACAGGUUAAAGUAGUAAAAUUUUCCUACAUGUGGACCAUUAAUAACUUCAGUUUUUGCCGAGAAGAAAUGGGUGAAGUAUUAAAAAGUUCAACGUUUUCUUCGGGCCCAAGUGACAAAAUGAAAUGGUGCCUGAGGGUGAACCCAAAGGGAUUAGAUGAUGAAAGUAAAGACUACUUGUCCUUGUAUUUACUUUUAGUCAGCUGUCCUAAAAGUGAAGUUCGAGCAAAAUUCAAAUUUUCCCUUCUGAAUGCUAAAAGGGAAGAAACAAAAGCAAUGGAAAGCCAAAGAGCAUAUCGAUUUGUGCAAGGGAAAGACUGGGGAUUUAAAAAAUUCAUUAGAAGAGACUUUUUGCUUGAUGAAGCUAAUGGUCUUUUACCAGAUGACAAGCUUACAUUAUUUUGUGAGGUGAGUGUGGUCCAAGAUUCAAUAAAUAUAUCAGGACAUACUAAUACUAAUACUUUGAAGGUUCCUGAAUGUCGACUAGCAGAAGACUUAGGUAAUCUCUGGGAAAACACCAGAUUUACAGACUGCAGCUUUUUUGUGAGAGGACAAGAAUUCAAAGCUCAUAAGUCUGUGCUUGCAGCCCGAUCCCCAGUAUUUAAUGCAAUGUUUGAACAUGAAAUGGAAGAAAGCAAAAAGAAUCUAGUGGAAAUAGAUGAUUUAGACCCUGAGGUUUUUAAAGAAAUGAUGAGAUUCAUUUAUACAGGAAAAGCACCAAAUCUAGAUAAAAUGGCUGACAACUUGUUGGCAGCUGCAGACAAAUAUGCACUGGAACGGCUGAAGGUCAUGUGCGAAGAAGCUUUGUGUAAUAACCUCUCAGUAGAAAAUGUUGCUGAUACCCUUGUCCUUGCAGAUUUGCACAGUGCAGAACAGUUGAAAGCACAAGCCAUAGACUUUAUUAAUAGGUGCAGUGUACUUCGGCAGCUUGGGUGCAAAGAUGGGAAAAACUGGAACAGCAACCAAGCAGCUGACAUAAUGGAAACAUCGGGAUGGAAAUCCAUGGUUCAGUCUCACCCUCACUUAGUAGCGGAAGCCUUCCGAGCACUGGCAUCUGCACAGUGUCCACAGUUUGGCAUUCCACGCAAGCGGCUAAAGCAGUCCUGACUCUUGGAUGGUAGAAAAAUGGAUUUUCUCUCCUGCUCCAGGUCCAAAUGGAUUCAGAUAUGCAGACCAUAUAUGCAGCACUUGUUUCUGCUUUCUUGUCUACAGAACAGAAGCGGGAAGGCAGACUGCAUGCCUUUCAGGUGGAUGAGUUAUGAUUUGUACUUCAGCUUUAAAUGGACUGAUCCAUUCACUUCAAGGCCUUAAAUUAUCUUCAGUGACUUCUAUGGUUCAUAUAAUAGUUUAAUUUUUUUAUUGUGCCUUGUCAUUUUGACCAAGGCUAUGCAGGAUUGCACUAGCUCCGUAAUGCAGUAAUAUUGAUAACUGAAGAUACUAAGUUUCAAAAGGUUCUUCCAUUAUUUUGAGAAAAAGAAAAAAUAAAUUUUAUAGAGUUUGUCCUCUGCUAUAUCAAAGUUUAAAACUAGUUCUCCUUUAAGGCACUUGUUUUGGAGAUUACUGGGAAUGUCUCCAGUCUAAGUUGUAUACAUACAGAAGGACCUGCUUACCUUCAAAGGUAACCUAUGGCAAUACACUGCUCCAGCUUAAUUUAUUUUUCAUUUAGGGGGCAGAUAUGCAAUGAGUUGGCCCAAACUUUUAGUUAAAAAUUGUGAUGUUUGCCUGUUACUAACUGUUCAAGAAACUGGGUGUGUUCACAUUUACAAUGAUUGAGAAAUGAAUGCAGUUAGUGUUUCAAUAAUAGUAAGAAAACAUGUUUUUUGCUAAAGGAAUUUUUUAAUUUAUACUGACCUACAUUUUUAUGAAGAAUUCAGUACAAGUUAAAAAGUAAGAAUGACCAAACAUAAAUUUAGCCAGUGGGCCAAUUAAGAAAGGUAUAUAUGCACUUUUAAUGUGUAACUUUUGUAUGCUGAAUGGUACAUAUAUUUUUUUCUCCCUUUGAGGAGAUUAAUAAGGUAAAAUAAUUAUGUUUUAAAUUUUGAAAGAAUUUUUAAGGCAGAUGAAGGCAACCAGAUGUUUGUGGUAAUACAUAAGAAAAAUAUUGAUUAUAGAUAAAUUGAUUUAAGUUUCAGAUAGUAGUGAAUUUAUUCCCAUUUUAUCAACCUUUGGAAAAGACAUCUGAACAGUAAAUGAAUCAGGACAGUCUACUCUCCUUCACACAGUGAGUGUAUAUUAUUUGCCUGUGGUAGAUACAUAGUAAAGGAGAGAACAUUUAAAAUAUAUCAGGUGACACUAAAACUUUACUCCCCUUUUCUCCUUUGAUUUUUAGUUACUGCACUUACAUUGCGGAUGAUGGAAAUUCUGCAUAAUGUGAACAGGACAAACUAUUUAUACUUUUUUCAUGAGCCAAUUCUUUUGAAUUAACUUUAGCUUUAAACAUUUAGAGGUGUCUGAUAUUUUGAGUUCUGUUCUGGUCAUUGUCCUGGAGAAGCAGGAGUGGUUGGAGGCAGAUCAUUACACCUGGUACUGUGCAUUGGUAGUAUACAUCUUAGGCAAGAUUGUAUUUAACCACAAGGGGAAAAGGUGUUUCACUGGAAAAAAAAAAAAUGCCUAUACCUAUAUACCUUUAUUAUCUGGAUUAAAAUUUGUAUAAUUUGUUUUUAAAUUCAGAAAGAACAUAGGUUCAGAUAUCUUAGUUUGAUUUUUGUUGUAGGGACUUAAAUUUAAAAUUAUGAGAAUUACUUAGAAUUGAAAGAUUCUUACCUGAACUUCCACUGUAUGUAAGAGAAUCUUGACAGGUAGAAAAUUCACUUCCUUAAGUCCAUCAUGUGGCUUGUUAUAAAUUUGCAUUGUACAAUUUCAAAAUACAUACACAUAUUUUUUUUUAAUUUAAGGUUUUCUUUAGUCUUAUUAGAAAACAGAAAUGGAAUUAUGUUGUCACAUAUCGUAAAGAUAACAGUGUCUGUAUAUGCCACACAUUGUGAGCUAAUUCACUGCUUUAGUCUACAUUUCUUACCACAGUAAAUUCAGUAAUAAUAUCAUAUAGUAAGCAUUUCAGCUUUCCCUUAACUCAAGUGUUUAUUGAAAAGCUUAAGGACUUUAUUAUAAAGAUUAUCUUUUUUAGUUAGGUAGCACAUUUUGUACCAAAAAUGUCAAACACUGUGCUGUAUGAAUAUCUGUGUUUGUAAAAAUGUCCACUUUUCAGAUAAUAUAAUACCUACCAUUAUACUAACAGAAUCAUGGUAAUUGAUUUAUUUUUUUAUUUAUUAUGUAUAUUUUUGGAAGGAUGGGUUCUUGAGGCAAUGAGAAAAGGUUGUUAUGAGAAUACUUUAAUAUAAAGUUUUUCUCCAGUCUCUUAUUUUUAAGCUACACAUGCUUUGUUCAAAAUACGCACAGUUUCUGUUUUGAUCAAUUUUGUCUUUAAACCUAUCAGCUUGCCCCUGGUUCACUUCAGUCACGUAAGCAAGGGUUUUCUGUAGAAAGUUGUGAGAGAAAAGUAACCAUUGGAAACUAUUCUUUAGACUAAUAUUUAGAAACACUAUAUUUGUGCCUUUUUCAUUUUUUUACUCGUAGUAUGUUUUGGUAUUUGGAGCACAAAUAUGAAGGUGCCAUAAUCUGGCUUGCCAACUUACCUCCUUGAUUACUCAUGUGUCCCUGUCUUCAAGUAGCUCUUGGAGACCUUUGCAUGAAUUACAUGGUCAUUUGUGUGAUGUGUGUAAGUAUGUGUGUGUAUCUGUAUUUACUUGGGUUUGUGUGUGAUAUGUUCAAAAGAAUGAAUUUCUGAAAGUAAGACUCAGCUAUUGAGUAAUUAAAAUAUCUCAUCUAAAUGUGCUUAAUUGGGUGGGGCAGUAACAGUUGAUUGACAGUGCAUGAUGAAAUAUGAAAACAGUGCCUUUUAGAGCAGCAAUUAUAAUUAUUUUAAAUAUGAAAAAUAUCUCAAAAGUUGUCAGGAAUCUUAUUGAUUUAUUUUAAUGCUAUAGCUAAUUAAGAGCUUAAAUUGUCAAAAUAAAUAAUUAGUCAGGUGUGGUGGCUCAUGCCUUUAAUCCCAGUGUUUGAGAGGCAGAGGUAGGUGGAUCACCAUUAGUUCAAGGCCACCCUGACACUACAGAAUGAAUUUCAGGUCAGCCUGGGCUAGAGUGAGACCUUACCUUGAAAAACCAUAAUAAUAAUAAUAAUAAUAGUAUAAGGAAGCAACUUUAUGAAAUUGUGGGUAAGAGCUAGGAAUGUACCUCCGUGGUAGCUCAGUGCUUACCAGUAUUUGUGAAGCCCUGGUUUGGAUCUCUGGACCACCAAAAGAAACAAAAAAUUAUGUAUCAUAGAUACUGUCCAUUGUAACUAAAAAAGACUUUGUUUAGUUUUGUGUAAAUCCAACUAAGAAAGUUUUGCUCAUAUCCACAUUUACUCAAAGGUGUGAACCAAUAUGAUUUAGACAUGCAUGCUCUUGGAUGGAUAAAAUAAAAACAUUUGUUGUAUUCUUGAAAGAGGUGGAUGACUUGGUGUAUGGGUUUGUUUUAGUGUUCUCAGCGUCUAAUGACAGCACUUUCAGCACAUGAGUAUUUUACAAACUUUUUAUAUAGAUUAUGAGCUCUACUUUGUUUAAGUGUUCAUAGAAUGAUAUAAAUUUUAGUCCAGUUGAACAUAAAUUGAGUGCCUACCAUAUGCAAGACUUCUUCACUAGGAAUGAAAUCACACCGUGUCUUCUGUUUGUAGUAUGUGAACUUUUUUUUGAAAAGGAAUACUUAUAUUUAAAUUUUUUCUGUUACUGGAAUUUAUCAUUAUGUACUCUAAUCCAGUUAAUUUCACAUUGUUUUUAAAAAUUAAUAAAUAAUUAACUCCCACUUUGGAAAUAACAUUCUACUAAAUUGAUUUAAAAAUUAGUUCUAGGGGAAGUUGAUGUUCCAGAUUCAAAUGUAUAAACACUUACUGAACUUUUUAGCCUCAUUUUUAAUCAGUUGAUGUUCAUGAUGAGAUACAUACUUUUUGUAUCUUGUUGCUGGAAAUAUAUUUUGCAUUUUAGCACGUUAAGUUAAAAUAAAAUUGUUAAUUAUUCAAUAUUAA